GAGUCUGUGAUUCACUACUGUGAGGUAUCGAGACUUUGAAUACAUUGGAAGUCGUACCAAAAGCCACCAAAUUUUGCCAAAUUGUUUUCAAAGGCCCGCCGGGUUUGAAAAUGCAGAGUGGGGAUGCAUACAUGCAGUUCAACAUGUCAUGGUCCAAAUACAGGGACAUAGAGGCUAUACUGCAGGACCACGAGUCGCUGCUACGAUGGUCGCAGGACGAGGUGGUGCUAGACGCGGGCUGUGGACCGGGUGACGUCACACACAACGUCCUCCUCCCGUUCCUCCCGGACGCCGCCGUCAAGCACCUCGUCGGCGUCGACAUCUCGCCCUCCAUGAAGGAGCACGGAUACAAGAACUUCCCCCACCCCAAGCUCAUCUUCGACACCUUCGACCUCGCCCAGGAUGACGUCAUCAAGCUCACCCAGGACCCCCGCCUCCAGGACGGAUUCGACAAGAUCUUCUCGUUCUACGUCCUUAAUUGGAUUCCUGAUCUCAAAUCAGCGUUACGCAACAUUCACGCGUUGCUGAAACCUGGAGGACAAUCUUUAUUCUGGUUCCCAGCCAAUUGUAAUUAUUGUCAGAGAGCGUACAUUGAAGUCCAAAAAAGACAACCCUGGUCACGUAUCCUCCAAGGUCUUGAGAGGGAGAUGUCACCAUCCUUUGGCAAGGACCCUGCGGGGGAAUUUGAAGGAGUCCUGAAAGAAGUAGGAUUUAAAGUGAUCACCUGCAAAUUCGUUACGACUGACUACGAAUUUAACAACUUAAACGGAUGGAAAAAUUUAGUAGAGUCCAUGGAUAAACAUUUUUCAAAAAUUCCCGCGGAUUUGAAAGAGCAGUAUCUAGAGGAGUGCGUGGACGUCAUGAGGAAGGACAACGUGCUUCAAGAACUGGAUGACGGCAAAGUGUUGGUUCUACAUAAAAUGAUCAGCGCUUUCAUUGAAAAAGAAGACAAACUAAAUAUUUGACCUCUAUAUAACCUACAAACAGCCUUGGAGCCGCUCCCCAGUAAAACCUUUUUUUUUUUUGCUAAUCUGGAAUAUACUCGUAGAUGGCCAAAAUGCGAAAACCACGUACCUUCGUUUACAACGUUGCGGACUUUCUGUGAUUAAAAACCGGGAUAAAAGGGAGGAUAAAAUAGGAUAGGUAGGAAUAAAACUGAAUAUAUCCCA